GUUCCAAGUCCCCUAAAAACCACAGGCCCCCUAUCCUCUUCCCCUUCAUCACAAAACCAGCACAACCUCCAAACAAAUCCAAGAAAACAAAGAACCAUCAUCAUGGCCUUAGAAGCCUGCACCAUUGCUUCUUCUCUUCAUGCUCACCACCUCCAUUAUUCCUCCAAAGAAAAGCUCAAACUUCAAUCAAAGUCCCCAUUCUCCACUCUCUCAACUCCACUACCAUCACCCCCAUUACUCUCCUUUCAACUCCCAAAACGUUCAAACUCCAAACCAAGAUUCAUUUGCCUAGCUAAAAAUGCAGUGGAUGCAGUUGUGGCUGUGACUGAUGAGAGCUGGAAUAACCUUGUCAUCGGCAACGAGACACCGGUCCUUGUUGAGUUUUGGGCUCCAUGGUGCGGUCCCUGCAGGAUGAUCGCGCCAGUGAUUGAUGAAUUGGCCAAGGAAUACUCUGGAAAGUUAGCUUGUUGCAAGGUGAACACAGAUGACUGCCCUAAUAUUGCAUCAAAGUAUGGAAUCAGGAGCAUUCCUACAGUGUUGGUCUUCAAGAAUGGAGAGAGGAAGGAGUGUAUUGUUGGGGCUGUUCCUAAGAGCACCUUGUGCACUACUAUAGAUAAGUAUGUGGAGGGUUAAAUAAUUAACCACUUAAGUGUAAUUAUUUACCAUCUUUAAAACAUAUAUAUCAUCAUUUGGUGAAACAAGUAUGUAAAGUUACAGCUUUGAUUUUUAUCUCUGUAAAACAAUUGAAAUGCAGAGUAAUUGGAAUAUAUAUAUACAUAUAUAUGUUGUUGUAAUCA